UUGUUGGUUUCCAUUUUUUCACUUUACACUCUUAACGCAUCCAGACCUUCAAAAAUGAUGAUGAAAUAUUUCUUGGUAGAUCUCGAUCUCUUGUGGAAACAUUGGCCAUCAAUCAUCUCAAGCAAUCUACGUAGCGCUUUAUAAAGCAGGUGAUUAGAUGGAAGACCCAAGUGAGGAGUGGAAGAUUGAAGAAUAUGGUGGCAAGAUGAGAUGGAUUUUGAACAAGGGACUGAUACUAGGAAGGAAGAUUUUGAUCACGGGUAUUGUAGUUUCAUCUGCACCAAUAGUUCUGCCUCCAAUAUUGGCUCUUUCAGUUAUUGGGUUUGUUGUUUCAGUCCCUUCUGGGUUCCUCUUGGCAAGCUAUGCUUGCUCUGAAAUGCUUAUGAGAAAGUUGCUACCUAAUGAUGAAGAAGAAGUAUAUUGGGAUGAAGAAAAGGAAGAGGAAGGAGUGGGGUUUGGAGGAGAAUAUUAUACGGAAAAAGAGGAAGAAGAGCUCAUGGAGGAAACAAAGAGAAGGGUUGAGAUGAGAAUUGAAUUAGUUGAGGAGGAAGUUGGGGAAAACAAUGAAGAUGUAGUUGAGUAUGUGGAGGAAAAUGAGUAUGAAGAAGAUGGUGAUGAGGAGUAUUUAGAUGAGGAGGAAAAGCCAUUGGAAGAGAGAAUUGAAGUGAUACAUUGCUAUGGCAGGGGGGAGAUGAAAGGAGAAGUGGAAGCAUUGAAAGAAGAGGAAGCUCCAAAAGUAAGAGAGAAGAUGCUACAAACAAGAUAUGUGGAAAACAUAGAUUCUAUGCCAAAAGAGGUGGAAUCAAUUGUAUUAGAAGGAACAAGUUUUGACAAUAAUGUACAAGUUGAGAAACCAAUAGUGGUAGUAAGUGAAACGAUAAAUGAAGAGAUGAAAAAAGGGAAGGAUGUUGAUAACAUUACAGAAGCAGAGAUAUCAACAGGACAUGGAAAUGAGGAGCAGAAAUCUAUGUUAGACAAGGCAACUGUGUUUCAAGCAGGAAGAGCAGAGGGUAAUUAUGUUACUCAUGAUGUAGCUCUCGAUUUCAAAUUAAAUAGGAAUAAGGAAAAUGUGAUUUUCUCAAAUAUAGAUGUUAGAGAGAUGGCUGAUGAAAGUGGAUUGGAUUUGUUUGAUGACAAAAAUGUAGCUGGUCAGCAGUGCUCUUAUGUAGUUCAUGGAACUGCCAAAGAGUCAUCAGUGGGCAGGGACGCUACAGAAUCUGUGGAGCUUUCUGUUUCAGCUGUAGUUCAUGAGCCUAAUCAUAAUGGACUUCCCUCUAAGAAAGACAUUAUUGCUCCUUCUAGUGAGGUAUUGUACAAUGAGGAGAAGAUAUGGGAAAAGAUUGAGGCCAUGCGAAGUAUAGUAGGUUAUAAAGCCAUGCCCCAGAAAACGUGCAUAGAGGAAGUAAAAGCUCUCUACAUCUUCACUGGAGUGGAGCCACCAACCUCAUUCAAAGACCCCACCUCCGAUCUUGGAGAAGUUUAUGACAGGCUUCACUUCCUCAUGUCCAUAGUUGGAGUCAAGUAGAUGCCCCUCCAUUCUGCAAAGGAUGUUUAAUGGAGUAUAUAUAUAUGUUAUCUUUUAGCUGUUUGAAGAUCCAAAGAGUGUUAAUUAAUCGUGCACAGCUUGAUCAAUAGUCAUCAUUUUAGAUCCAUGUUUAUUUCUUGGUUUC